AUGGCCAAGUGGUUCAUUGCUACUGAUGUUAAUCCUAAUACCAUUAGGACCCGUUCCUUUGCAAAGUUUAUGAGCUUCCUCGACCCCAAGUAUCCUCCUAGUGUUUCUAAAGUCGAGAAUGAAGUUUUUGAGAUCUACGAGGAAUGUAAAGACAAGGCUAAGAAAUUUUUCAAGGGUUUUCAAGGACAAUUAACCCUCUCUUAUGAAUGGAUGAUGCUUGGGAAUGGCUGGGGGUCUAGGGACCACAUUAAAGGCCCUGUUUUGCAUGAGGAUUUCGUCUGUUUGACCGCUCAUUUCGUCGAUGAUUACUGGAAGGUCAAGAAAAGGAUCUUGGGGUACAAUAACACUACUGACCAGGAAUUACCUGAGGAAGAUGUUUAUGUUUACUCUUUUAAGAACGCUGUUCAGGAUUUUGAGAUUGAGAAUAAGCUCUCUACUCUUCUACUGCCUAACAGUGAGGGUUUUGAUGAAGAAACCUUAGAUCCUUUCAGGAAAUGGAUAGAGGAGAGAGGGAACAAUCAGUUCAAUCCUCGGGUUUUGCUACUCUAUUGUUGCUCUGAUCUUUUCCGGUUAAUGGUUGAUGAUGUGUUGAGUGAAUUAAGCUCGUCCCUGCUGGAGGAUUUGCGUAUGUUGGUUGGAUGGGGAAGAUGUUCAGCAACCAACUGGAACGUCACGUUGUUUCAUCUGCAACAAGCUGUAGACUUGAAGUCUGAGGAUGCAUUCUCGAAGGAUGAGAUUUACGAUGAUUAUGACAAACCGUCUGAUGAAGAGUGGAUUAAGAUUCAAACUUUUUGCAAACUCACUGAUUGCAUCUAUAAAGUGGCAAAGGAGCUUUUCGAAGGAGAGUAUUCGACAUCUAACGUCUUCUUCCACCUUCUUGCAGAGCUGAAGGUAAUGUUGAAUCAAGAGCUUGUGAAUGCUGAUAGCGAUUACUUUCUCAGCAAAGCUAAGCAGAUAUUGGAGAGGUUUGAUAAGUAUUGGAACAAUAUGUUUCUGGUUUUGGCAACUGCAUCUGUAUUAGACCCUAGGUUCAAGAUGAAGUAUCUUGAGUUUUACUGCUCAAAGAAGGAAGUCAAUGUUGAAGGUUCAAAAGCUACAACUGUUUUGGACUAUUUACGCAAUCUGUAUGCUCGCUAUGCAGCUAGCGAUAUCUGUCAGAAACCAAUAUGCUCGUUUGAAGGAUCUCCAGGAGAGCUUCAAGAAUCAGAGCUUGAUUCCUACCUCAAAGAGCCAGUUAUGGGGUGGAACAAAGACUUCAAAGCAUUGGAAUGGUGGAGAGAAGAGAGCCAAAAGUAUCCAAUCCUCUCCCGAGUAGCACGUGACAUUCUCUCAAUUCCAAUCUCACGUGCUACUUCGUACGAUGCUUAUGUUGUGGAGAGAAGAGAGCCCCCUGAGUUUGUUGUCUCCAUGAAAUCCAAAGUUGCUAACGCCAUGAUGUGCAGCAAGAAGUGGUUGAGAGUUUGA